CAGCGCAUAACCAUCGCCGUUGACCCGCAGCCGAAGACGACGACAUAUUGAACGCCAAUCCACCCCUUUCAGUACCAAUUCCCGGUCCUCCGCCGGAUUACCGAGCAUAUCGCCAAGAUGUCCAUGUUCAGGGCAAAGAAGCUCGAUCUCGGGUGCUUCACCAACAUCAAGAUCAUCCGCGACCACUCGAAGCGCAAGGCCUACGAAGCCGCCGAGGCCGAGAGGCAAGCCCUCCGCUACGUCAUUCGCAACACGACCCUCCCCGCCCGCACACGCGCCAUCGCCCAGCUGCAGUUGACCCAGAUGCACUGUUACACGCGCCCGACCCAGAUCCGGAACCGAUGUAUCCUCGGCGGGAAGGGGCGAGGUAUUUUGAGUGAUUUCAAAAUGUCAAGAUACAACUUCCGGUUGCAGGCGCUAGCGGGCAAUUUGCCCGGUGUGAAGAAGGCCAGCUGGUAAAAAGGACGACAGGAGUCUUGGAGUUGUUCGAGUCCGUGGCAAUGGAUGACAUUGGGGCUUGUGCCGGCUGGACUGCGGGAGUUGUGGGAUACGCCCCGUUCCGCUCUAACAGAGGCACAGACAGAUAUGAGCAGAUGGGAACAUCGAAAUCCUCAUGUAUGCCGUGUACAAAUCUUGUUACAAUAUUAAACGCAUAUGAUAGAGUAC